AUGCUUCGUAGGGCCUUAUGGCUACUGGUGAAGGACCGCCAACUGAAGUUCCUGAAUCAGCGCUUCCUGACUACCGAGGCUCACCAUGAGACUUCUCUUAUCAGAAAUAUGGCCCUGGUAGCCCACAUCGACUCUGGGAAAACUACACUUACGGAGUCCAUACUACACAAGUCGGCCUACCUUACAGCCCCUGGCUCAGUUGACACUGGCAGCACUACGACAGACUUCUUGCCUGCCGAACGAGAACGCGGCAUCACAAUCCAAUCUGCGAGCAUUCCAGUUAAAUGGGACAAAUGGACUUUUAAUCUCAUAGAUACACCAGGUCAUGCUGACUUUGGUAUGGAGGUGGAGAGUGCAAGUCGCGUUGUUGAUGGGGCUGUCGUUCUCAUUGAUUCAGUGGAAGGGGUCGAAGCACAAACUAAAGGCGUUUGGCGACAACUGGAUCGAUAUGGUGUCCCCACCAGGCUUAUGUUUCUGAAUAAACUUGACCGACCGGGUGCUUCUUUCAGGUCGUCGUUGCGCUCGCUACUUACCCAUAGGCUGCACCCGAACCCCAUGGCUUUAGCAUUGCCAGUUGCUUCCUUCCAUACUGAAGACUACAUGCGAGCCGAACCAGGCAUUCAAGGACUGGUCGACCUGGUAAAAUGGGAAAUUUGGAAAUGGACGGAAGAUGGUCAUUCUGCUAUACAAUCCCUUCCUAGAACGGUCGAAGAACUCGAGACAAGCGGUAUAUUUCCGACAAACCAUCCUAUAAUCCCGCACCUUGUGGCCGCUCGGACAACUCUUUUGGAAAACCUCUCGAUGUACUCUGAUGAAUUGAUGGAAUACCUACUCGCUUUGCCGCCAGGACCUUCAUCGUAUCUUGAUGUCCAGACGGCUGCAAUCAUGCCACAUCUUCGUAAAGCUACACUAAGCAAUGAGAUUCUCCCUAUUCUUUGUGGUUCUGCGAUGAAAAGUAUUGGAACAGAAUUGGUAAUGAACUACGUUGGCGAGCUCCUGGCAAGCCCAAUGGACGUUCGGUUGGACGCGGAGUCAGCUGACGGACCACUGCGCCUUCUAGCAUGGAAAGUGAGCUGGGAUAAACGCAAAGGAUGGAUGACGUUCGUUCGCGUGUAUUCCGGAACCCUCAAGCGUCAGAGUUCUGUAUUCAAUGUUACCAGUGGCCAGAAGGAGAAAAUUUCCAAGGUUCUUCUCCUAUACGCUGCGGAGGCACAGGAAGUCGAGUCCCUGCCGUACGGCUCUGUCGGAGUCAUCUUAGGCUUGAAGUUCACUCGCACAGGCGACACUCUCGUUGAUGCCCGACGCUCGUCUAACUCAUCGCAAACAUCCCUUCGAGGAGUACUUCCACCACCCGCGGUUAUGUCGGUCUCCGUUAUACCCAAGUCCCAUUCUGACCUCGACCCUGUACAAGAGGCUUUACAUGCUUUAUCUCGCACGGACCCUUCUGUUCGGGUCGAUAUGCAAGAGGGCCAAUUACUUGUCCACGGAUUAGGUGCACUGCAUCUCGAGAUUGUCGAGGGAAGACUGCGGGACGAAUGGGAUGUUAAUUUUGAAUUGGGUAGCCGUCGCGUCAGCUAUCGUGAAUCUCUGGGACCUGGGCCCAGCUCCAACGUAAACAAUUGGGCCACUGAAGUUGCAGGAAAACCAGUUACGAUCAAGAUCCUGAUGACGGUGAAACCUCUUGCUGAUGACGAGCAGGGCGAUCCGGUCUGGGAUGGUAACCUUGUUUUGGGCCCGAGUGGAAAGCCUCUAUUGUCUCCAGAUGCCUUCCGGGAUCAACUGGACCCUAUGGCAAAUAUCGCUCGGGGCUUGUCCAGCUCCCUAUCGAAUUCGCCACAUACAUCCCUGCCACUCUCUCACAUCAAGAUCCACGUCACGGACUAUAACCUUCCCCGUGACAUUCCAACGUCCAUUCUUGCCGGUGCUAGUUCAUCCAUUCUACGAACUCGAAUACGAGAAGCGGGAAUGGGUCCCGUGUUAGAGCCAUUCAUCAAACUCAAAAUAUCUCUUCAUGAGAAUACCAUGGGAAAGGUUGUCAAGGAUCUCACUGAAAACGGUGGUGAAGUUUUGGACCUUGCUUCCGACACGUCAGCUAUGGACGGAGACGAAGUAGUUGCGUACUCCACGGAUGGAUUGUAUAUCCCUCCAGAAGAACUAUCGCCUUCAUCUGCUGCUUCUACGUCAUCCAAGUUUUCAAACGACGCCCCACGACUCAAACGCACUAUUCAUGCAGUCGCACCGCUAAGCCGCAUGCUGGAUUAUUCAACCCGCCUUCGCGCAUUGUCAGGGGGACAUGGUCUCUUCGACAUGCUGAACGCAGGAUUCAGACAAGUCUCUGAAGCACGUAGGUUGGAGAUAUUACGAGAGAUAGGGCGCGCAUAA